CAAACAGUGCCGCUUUUAAACGCAAAUAUCUCUUGAUUUGAAACGGUUAUGAAAUACAUGUGCACAAUUAACCUAUAUUUUAAUGUUACAGAACUUACCGUGCUUUAAAAAAACAACAACAUGUAAAAUGAAAUUGCAUUUUAAAUUGUGUAUGUGUACUUAUCUCCCCCCUCGGUUUACACGCAGGUGAUCAUUUGGUUUAUUCCAUUGCUCUGUCCUGCUCCUUCCUGUAUGGACAAAAGCACCAUUACAAAGCCGGAGAGCUCGUAAGGGGAGGAUAGUAUAUAGAGACGACAUUGGAAACAGAACUGCUAAACGCUGAAUAGCAAAAGCUAGGCAGAGAACAAAGUGUUAGCACCCAGGACAUAAACUAGCAUAUCUCUAAAAAACGGCUCUUUUUUUAUAAUUAGGGCAGCGGUGUAGUUUAUAAAGCGCAGAGAAAGAGAAGUCAUCCGCGGGAGUUUCUUUGUAAUUAGAUGCGACAACAGAUUAAGUUCAAGAAAAUUAGGUGUUGUAAUUCUAAACGCGUUGUUGUAGCGAGCGAGUAUCAUUCUCGGGAGCUUUGCUACAGAUAAGUUUGUGCUAGGAUUAGUUUCAGAUUGUCACGUUGUUGAUAGCGCAUUGUUGUUACUACUAUAGUCAACUACAAAAGCAUUCAAUUAUAAAUCUUAAUUAUAUAGAGUGCGAUAAGAGCAGGACAGCUGUAACUGUAAUUGAAAAGAGCUUUAUGCAACUAAGCGCAGAAACUAGUCAAUCACAGUAUUCCACGGAGUUUCGAUUCAUUCUACUUUCAUUCCUGAUUGUGUACCAGGUCAGUGUGUGCGUAAUAGGAAAAUGCAAUUCUAGAACCUGUGGAUUAAGUCUGUUAACCUGAUGAAAACCUGAUUUGAAAACCAGUCUGUAAACGUAUCUGAAAGUAAGCCGGGCACUUUGUUUUUUGAAGCGGUGUAUUUACUUUUAUCCGAUACGGCUAGUGGACUUUGAGUUUGGUUUAGCUGGAGUGGAAGACUCGGGUGCUAGGAGAACCGCUGGAUGCUUCGGGGCCCCUUCAUUUGCAAAUGGCUUGUUGUCUGAAGGAUGAGUUGCUGUGUUCUAUCUGCUUGAGCAUCUACCAGGACCCCGUGAGUUUCGGCUGCGAGCAUUACUUCUGCAGGAAGUGCAUCACGGAGCAUUGGAGCCGACAACAGCAGCACAGUGCCAGAGACUGUCCGGAGUGCCGCAGGACCUUUGCGGACCCGCAGCUCUCCCCAAGCCUCAAGCUCUCCAACAUCGUGGAGAGGUAUUCUGCCUUUCCGCUGGACGCCAUCCUCAACGCCCAGCGGAACUCGUAUCCGUGUAAGGACCAUGAGAAGGUCAAGCUCUUCUGCCUCAGCGACAAGAACCUGGUUUGCUUCUUCUGCGAUGAGCCAGCGCUGCAUGAACAGCACCACGUGACCAGCAUCGACGAGGCGUUCGAGGAAAUCCAGAGGGAGAUGAAGGAGCAGCUGGUGGCCCUGCAGGACAGUGAGGGGGGACACAUGGAGGCCCUGCAGCUGCUGCAGCGACAGCUCACUGAGACCAAGUCAUCUGCGAACAGCCUGCGCGCCACGCUGGCCGAUGCGUUCGAGCGGCUGCACCGGUUCCUGCGCGAGCGGCAGAAGUCCAUGCUGGAGGAGCUGGAGACGGACACGGCGCGCACGCUCCGCGACAUAGAGGACAAGAUCCAACGCUACAGCCAGCAGCUGCACGACGUCAAGGAGGGGAUCCAGAUCCUGCAAGAGCGCCUGAGCGAGAGCGACCAGCACGGCUUCCUGCAGGGGGUGGCCCUGACUUCCGAGAGAAUUAAAGGGAAGAUCCAUGAAACUAACCUGACGUAUGAAGAUUUCCCCACAUCCAAAUACAUGGGACCCCUGCAGUACACAAUCUGGAAAUCCCUCUUCCAGGACAUCUCGCCAGUGCCGGCGGGGCUGACGCUGGACCCCAUCACGGCUCACCAGCGCCUCAUCCUGUCUGACGACUGCACCAUCGUGGCGUACGGGAACCUGCACCCUCAGCCGCUGCAGGACUCCCCGCGCCGCUUCGACGUGGAGGUGUCCGUGCUGGGCUCCCAGGGCUUCGACUCGGGCGUGCACUACUGGGAGGUGACGGUGUGUGAGAAGACGCAGUGGAUGAUCGGCCUGGCCCACGAGGCGGUGAGCCACAAGGGCAGCAUCCAGAUCCAGCCGGCCCGCGGCUUCUACUGCAUCGUCAUGCACGACGGGAACCAGUACAGCGCCUGCACGGAGCCCUGGACCCGCCUCAACGUCAAGACCAAGCUGGAGAAAGUGGGCGUCUACCUGGACCACCCCAAGGGCCUGCUGGUCUUCUACAACGCUGACGACAUGUCCUGGCUCUACACCUACCGGGAGAAGUUCAGUGGCAAGCUCUACCCUUACUUCAGUCCUGGGCAGAGCCACGCCAACGGCAAGAACGUCCAGCCCCUGCGCAUCAACACCGUCAGACUAUAGGCGGGAUGUGGGGUGGGGUGGGGUGGGCAGUGUGUAGAGACUUGAGAUCAAUUCUAAUAAAUGUAUGAUUCACAGGCUCUGCUUUUACGGGUUACCAGAUUGAGAUACAUACCAGUGCUGCUCUUCUUUUUACUUCUGUGGUUGCUGCAGUUGCCCUGUGUUGCUGGAUAGAGUGGUCUUGCUUUUCCAGGCACUUCAGUAUUUAUCACAAAGAUGUCUUGUUUACUGAGGCUUCCUAAAGCAUCGUGUUCUACAGUGUGUUGUGAGGAUCAGUGGAUUGAAGAGGGAGGGGACUGCGAGUCCCUCCACAGUCAACACAGCAGCAUGGGUAAGAUGAGGCUGACCUUAGGGGUCGUCCAAAAUGAUCAUCAAUUACAGCAAGCGUACAUAGCGUGCUGUUUUUCAAGACCACCCCCCACCCCCCCCCCCCAAAAGGCGUAGAUAAAAAUGCUGACAUCAUACUGAAAGUGAAAAUAGACACUCGACUAGUUUGCUGUAUCCUAUAUUGGACACAAACACAUAGGAAUUGCAGAAACUUAAUUGGCUCAUGGAUUUUCUAUAUUGAUCACUGUACGUGCACAGAAAGCAGGUAGUACUUGGCUUUGCAUAUUUGUCAUAGCUUUCCAUCAACAGAGAGGCAGCUCAAGUAAUUAAGGUAAAUGAUAUUUCAUUUCAAGUCCCCCAGCACAUAGGCAUGUGUACUGUUUAUAUUGAAAAGUACAUAUUUGUGUCAAAUGGGAUUGCAUUCUUGUAGGUCGUUAGUUCAAGAGGUUGUAUUUUAGCAACUUCAAAUGCAUUGCAAGAAAUAGGUUGUUUUCCUAAUCUGAUUUCGCAGUGAAACCGCGGAGUACUGUGUGACAAGCAGGCAGGAUUUUUCAAUCUAGCUGCAUUUAUUUAUGUAUUUAUUCGUUUAAAAGAAGCUUUUUUUAUGGUACGCUGUACUGUUUGAGAAACCGAUUUUAGACGUAUGUAAUUGAACAAAUUGUGCAUGUAUUUGCACACUGGGGGAAUACAUUAAGAAACAAAAACCUAUUUUUCCGCCAUUUAGCAAUGAAUUGUAUUUCACUUUAAUUGUGUGGAACUGUCUGUCUACCAUUUGUCAUUCAAACUCAAGUUUUAAAAAUCGGACAUAUCCAUAGCUUGCGGACUCUCCCAUGCCUUACAUACUCUCUCACGCGCUGACAUAGAGGAUCCUUUUUCUCAAACAAAAGUAAAAUAUCAUAAACCGUGACCCAAAUGACAUCUCUGGUGGCUACAGUUCUUUUGCAGGAAGGCCUGUGAAUAUUUAAAGCUAUCAAAAAGGACAAACUGCUCCCCUCUCGGCGCACGCUUUGUAUGCUUUUAGAAAAUGACGAUAACUAUGGACGGUCCCUUAAGCUACACUGUUAGAUUUGGGGAGUGCUGAAUGCAUUCCAGACCUGCCCUGUGCUCUACAGUACAUUCUGUUUGGGGAGGGGCCAGUACAGAUUUUUUUUAAAUGCAACACUUUGCUGGGAGCAAGAAAGUGCUGAUUGAUUUCUGUUAAGGGACAGCAUUAACAGAAUUCUGAAUUGUAAUUCUGUAAUGAAAGCAUACUCUGGGAAGCCAGCCUGGCAUUGCAUGUUUUAAAGUGAGUUUUAACCUCUGAAGGAUCAGUGGUCUGGUUCUCUUUUGGUGUAAUGUAAUAAACCUGGAUCCUGCACUUCAUGGUUGUGGUCGUGGUGGAGGGGAAUGCUCUAGUUUCCUCACCUAAGUUUCUUUGUGGUCUCUCUUGACAUGUUCCUGUAAAGUCAUUGUGAUGAGUGUUUGUAAACAGUAGGGGGAGCAUUUCUCUCUGCUGCUGGCAUAGUAAUCUGUAAAAGCAACUCUCCUCUUACACUUGGGUAGCUUUACAGACUUUCUGGGUGGAGGGGAAACAUUGUCAUGAAAAAUAAAGGAGAAUUUUAAAGAGGCAUGUUUAAUGUAUUGGAUACACCAUUAAAGCGCAACUGAAUUCAACAAGAUCCAUUUUGAGUGGAGUCCUGUAAAAGUUCGGCUGGUGGUUUGGUCUCUGACAGUGGCAGUGUCCUGCAGUGGAUAUAUAGUAAAGAGGAAUUUUUACCAGAGUUAAGGUUUCUGUGCAUGGCUUUCUCAGAAACCAGACAUUGUUGGUGUUCCACUUUGUAUGCAUUAUCAAAGGUACUGUAGUUUUAACUACAGUCAUAAAAACCACCUGUCACCACUGGGAAAGAAACAGCCAUUCUCCAGCUCCAUGUCAGCUCUGCU